AUGAACUCCGGCAGUGACGACCAGAGAUGGCGCAGCUCCGAUGCCCGGCGAGGAGGUCAGGGCCGGGGACGCAACAUGCCCCGUGACGGUGGCUACUCCGGUCAGGGCUACAAUAAUCAGAACAACAACAAUAACAACAACAACAACAACAACAACAACAGCAACGGCAAUACGAAUGCAUGGGGUGGCGGCGGUGGUGGGCGCGGGGGCAUGAACAACCAGAAUCAUCACCAUCAACAGCAGCAGCAGCACUCCCAGUCCGGCAGCAACACGGGAUACCAUGAGCAGCAUGUGCCGGUGAAUGGAUUCAACGCUCAGGAAGCUAUCGAGAUGCUCACUAGAGGCGAUAAGCCCAUCCUCUACAAGGGCGAUAAGGGCUGGUCUACUCCGAAGGGCAACAACAACGCGUGGGGACCGAAACGAAACGCCAUGGCAUCGGGCAACGACUUCUUGGCUCAGCUCAAGAAGAGCCACCAGGCAUUCCAGCAGAGCAAUGGCCGUGGCGAGCAGCAGGGCAAUGCUCGCGAAUAG